AUCAUCUAUCAGUAAAUUCAUCGAUCACACGAUCAGAGGGAGUGCUUGUAAUGUCCCGUUAUUGUCCACAUUUCCUCUGAAUGCAGGAGGAGUGUAUUACUGUAGUAACUUCAGCACAGGCGUGUAAAGCUGAACAGAAUCCAAAUAGAAUUCAUGGUAAAGUCAAGGCUGGUUAUAUUUCUAUCCAUGCAUGCUUAUGAACCAGGGAAAUGACUGUAUGUUGUUGGUUUUUAAUGUUUAUUUAUCUAAAAACAUCACGCUUUUAUUACUGACACAAUUAAACCGCUUUAGUCGCUCUUUUGUUUUCACACAUCACUGUUCAUCGCGUUUAUUCGCCAGUCAGCAUCUGCAGAUUCACUAACAGCUGGUUUUAUUUACACGAGACGCGGUUUUUCUCUCACUGUAGCUGUAGAUAUCGUUAACGUUAGUUAUAUCAGAAAUACUCUUCUAUUCUUCCAUGAGUUGAUCAUUGACUUUGACUCCUCCCAGACAAACUUCCUCAAACUCUCUUCGGGCUUCAGUCUGAUCUGUUACAACACGGUCAAAUGGAGAUAAGAAUCAGAUCGCUCGGUUUAUUUGACUCUCAAGUCUUCUUAGAUGUUUAGUUUGUGUCCACAUGAUGUCCGAUGUCAAGAGGCAGAUGUCCUGGCACGAGGAUUUCGCCAAAAACAUUUCCAGAUUCUUUUCCAGAAGUAAAUCUGUGGACACCGAGGGGAAUGAAAGUGAGAUCAGAGAGACUGAUGGAUCCACAGUUCAAACACCUGAACAACACCUGAACGCGUCAGAAGCAGCAGCAGCAGCAGCACAGGAGUCGCAGCCGUCUGACGUUCCGGACGGAAGCAGCGCGUCACAGACGGAGGACGGGGGCUCGACUCCUCAAUCCGUCUCCACAGCACCUCCUGCAGACGGAUUCCUCAGACGCCUGGGAAGCCUGUUCCAAUUCAGCCGGGCAGAACCGGCCCGAGUGCAGAGAGAGAGACAGACCGACACGGACAGCAGUGGCCUGAUUACAGCACAGAGAGAGACGGAAACAAGCGCAAACACACCGAAGAGCGGAGGAAGGGAGGAACCGGUGGAGCCGUCUGUGUGUCAUUCAGAGCUCACACACACACAAUCUCAGGAACAGACUGAGCAAAAUAGAAGUGAUGCCAUAAACAUCAACACCAAAGAGCUCUCAGAGGAGAAGAGACGUUAUGAUCUAUCUUGUCCUCCUGUGGUGACUUAUGGCACAUACCGUGGAUUAAGAGAAGUCAGGAAACCAAAGAAGAAGCAUCACGUCGAGCUUCAUUCGCCCAUCUCUGAGGGGGAAGAGGCUACACAAACCUACAGCCAUGAGGACAAUAAGAUCUCCUCUUCCUCUGUAAACACAAUGAACUCUGAUUGUCAGGAAUAUCCCACUGCACUAAAUCAAGCAUCUCCUUCACAGACACAACAACUAGAGGACGCCUUGACCCGGAGUGACUUAUUAGAUGAGGUUCCCACUGUUAAAUCUGGACUAACUCCAGCCCACCACCAACUCCCUCAUGUUGCAGACUCUGACCGGUUGCUUACCUGUGUAGAGGUCCACAGAACUCCUCAAGCAGCAGAACCAAGUCCAUUGAACGACCCGGUUAGCAGCAGACAGGAGCAUCUUGCCCAGAGUGUUACAUUAGAGACGGUAUCAGGGGACACCAAUGAUCUGACACUAUCAACCGCACAAUCAGACUCUAACACAGACCAUCACGACACACUCCCCAUUCCAGAACAGAGCUCAGAGCAACCAAAGCUAUCAGUAAUUGUAAACAGGACAGAUGAUCUAGCCCCGGAUUCUCAGACGCACCAGCGUCCAGAGGAGUCCAGGCUGAAACGGGCUGAGGUGGAUUCUGGAAUAGAUGAAGAGGUCCUACGAUUGGAGUCUAAACAGAUGGUGGACAGCAUCCUGACAAAUGCUCUUACUGCCCUGCAGAAGAUGGAAGUAUCUGAGACAGAGAAUAACAUCCUCUUAACCUGUGAACUUAAUGAAGGCUCAGAGGCAGUGCUGUUUGAAGGGUUAGAUGGUAGUAGAGAUGGAGGCACUGACGCAGAGCAUCAGUUUCGUGUGAUGCUGUCGGACCAGACACUGUCUGUUGUUCUGGAGGAAGCGCUAGCAGGAAAUUGCAGCCACAUGGACUGCAGUAGGUCACCACCCUCCUCAGGGUACGAGUCCAUCGCUGGCUCAGACACUGAUAUUAGGUGCUUUGUGGGACUGAACUCUGAUCUCACCACUACCAGUGCUCCAAUUGGCUCUCAAAAUGAGAAUCAGACCGUUCUUGAAUAUUUCGUUGAGGAAAAAAAUGUGGACGAAACUGGUUCCUGUAAGAGCAGCGGUAGAGACGGUGCUGCUGCUGAUGAGCCAUUAUACCCAAAUCUCCAUAGCCAUAGGGAUGUUGUUCACAAAACAGACAUCAAGCUCUUCCUACCUGUUUUGUCAGAGGAGUCUCUCUCGCAAGAGCAACACACAGCUGACGUCUUCGUAUGUAAAGAUAAAGGGGAGAAGAGACCUCAGGAUACAGCCAAAGACAAUGCAAUGAGCAAUAACUGUAGACCUCAGCUGAACGGUUCCUGUGACACCUCCAUCAUCAUUCCUGGCACUGCUUCAUCAGUACAUCAGAAGAGUCUUCAACAAAGCCAAACUCUCAGUGUAACUCCCAGUGACCCCUCUAGCCACAGUCUCGCAUCUGACACCACUGAUUCGGAUAUAAUGUCGGAAAUCACACAGCAGGCACCAGCUAUACGAAGCCAUGAAUCUGAGGAGACUGAAGCACCUUGUUCCGGCAGCAGUGAGCAGGAACAGACCUCUUGUGACUCUAUCGCUGGAACGGAUUCGAGUGUCCAGCUGUCCGUGACUGAAGUCCAGUGCUCUGGAGGGCGGCACCAUCCCUCUCAUUGGGCCUCAGUCCGAGCGUUCCGCUGCGAUGUCACCCAUGACCAAAGCCUGAGCCCGGCCACACACGAGGAGCAUUUGAAGCCAGAGCUCAGUAUGAAUCUAGCCGAUGCUGGAAUGUCAGCCGUGUCUGUUUCAGGCCGGAGAAUUCACCUCGACCCCAUGGACAGUUCCAGCAGAGCUGCGGCUUUCGUUCCCCAUCAUUCCCGAUUUCAUGAUCUUGACCUCCACCAGGUAGAUGGAGGCUUUGCCGUCAUCAGCGAGGAGGAAGAGAGUGACAUGGUGUUCGUGAACGACACAGGGCCCAUGCACAGUCCUAGCACACGUCGAGCCAAAGUGUACCCCUUCUCCCUGUCCCCCAUCUAUGAGGAGGAGUUUGGCCGUGAGGAAGCCUUGGGGCAGGAGACGCUGCAGUUUCCUCCAGCGACAGAAGAGGAGCAGAGGAGUGUUGAGCAGCCGGCAACGUCCAUCCUCUCCCUCCUGCAGUCGGUCAGCGAGAAGCUACAGUCCAGUGUGAUCUGCAGUUCAGUUGAGGAUUCCUCGAGGCCCGUCACCUCACCGCUGAGUUACCGCUACUCCCAUGGAGACGACAGUGAGGAAGAUGAUGAGGACUCCAGCAUUCUACUGAACCGCCAGCUCACUGGGACCAAACCUGAGCCAAAUGCUGAGCAUGAGCACAACUCAAAUAUUGAUCAGACUGCUAAUGAUGCUCCGGAUAAAAUACAGGAGGAGCAGGACUGUGAUGGCACACUGGGAAAUAUUGGAAAGAAUGCCAAUACUCCUUUCUAUCAGUACUUGAAAUCCAGACUAAUGCCAUCAGGUGAUGAAGAACCUGAAGACACUAAACAUUUUUUCUUUCGUAGUGGAUGCAACGCAAUGGUCAUGGAAGAGAACGGAGGGUUUGGAAAGGUCAACCAUAGACCAACACCAAUGCUCAUCUAUGAGGGACAGUCGCUCAGCGGUGAGAGAAGAGAAAUCUGCCAUGAUGUGGAGGAUGCUGGGAGGGAUUUGUUUGCUCACAGAGCCACGCUUCAUGCGCUGAGAGGAUGUUGGCUGCUGUAUGUGGAUUCGUGGUACCGUGGCUCAUGUGUUCUUCUGGAGGAGGGUCAGACUGUGAAGAGCAGUGGAAGACCCCAUCAGAACCUGGAGGAGACCAGAGAACCCAGCAGAACUGAUCUUGGUGCCGUGCUGCCGUCUGUGGGCUCCAUCAGGACACUGCUGAAGGAUGACAGUGUUCCAGAGAUCCAUCUAUAUCCCAGCACGUCUCAAACGGGAGAGACUGUCUGUUUUUAUUCUGCAUCAGAUCUGAUGGAGCGACACGGCCCUGUUUUCCUCUCUGACCUCUGCGUCAAGGCGGGAUGCUGGUUGGUUUUUGACCAGCCUGGUUUCAGAGGAACAUCUGCCGUUCUGGAAACUGACGGGAGGGUCACGCCUGUUCUCCAGGAUUCCCUGGUGUCCUGUGUGAAGAGUCUUCGGCCAUUAAAAAUGGGUGGGCUGCGGGUGACGAGACCACUGGACCCAAAGAUUAUGUUGUUUGAGAAGCCGCAGUUCCAGGGUCAGUGCAGGCAGCUGCUGGAUCACACGCCCCGUCUGAGGGACAUCGAGGGACCCGCGGCCGUUUCAUCUCUACGGGUCACAGGUGGAAUAUGGGUGGGCUUCUCCAGUGAAGGGUUCAGAGGUCAUCAGUGUGUGCUGGAGGAGGGUGAAUACGCCGACUGUACGCGACUGUUCGGUGGGACAGAGCUGUCAAUCCAAUCGCUGCGCUACAUUCAGACUGAUUUCCUGGAGCCGUCAGUGUGUCUGAAGAGAUCAGAUGAGGAAACCGACGUGCAUCUGGACGUCCCCGAUCUGCAGGAAGCUGACGGCAUCAGCGUAAAGAGCGGAGCGUGGGUGGCGUACAGCAGCAGGUGUUUCACUGGAGAGCAGUAUGUUCUGGAGAAAGGCCAGUAUCCAGGGCUGCUGCCGUGGGCCGACGGCCGGAGAUCAGCUCAGUCACUGCGGCCCGUUCACAGGGGAGUUUGUCGGAUCGUGGAACCAAAGUUUUUGCUACGCGCCUACAGCCAGACACGGUACGGCGGCGAGAGCCGAGAGUUUGAGAGCGAAGUUCCCAGCUGUGGGUUAACAGGCCUCGUGUCCUUCCGGGUGAUCCGAGGAAGUUGGCUGCUGUUCGAUGAGGAGGGAUAUUCUGGUAACCAUUAUAUCCUGGGGGAGGGGCUUUACCCUGAUCUCACUUCCUGUGGCUGUAUAUCGACAGCCAUCAAGUCUUUAAAGCCCAUUCCAUACAGUUUCACAGAUCCGUCCGUGAGCCUGUUUUCUCUCAGCGGUUUUGAGGGCCUUGAAGAAACGUUGUUCUCAGACGUGGAAAACGUGAGCCACUUCUACAGCCAGUCUGUGAGAGUCAACAGCGGCCUGUGGGCCGCAUAUGAAUACGCUCAUUUUAAGGGCCGUCAGAUGCUUGUGGAGCCAGGAGAAUAUCCGGUUUGGGGGGAUCAGAGCGGCUGGGAGACGAUCGGAUCAAUGAAGCCUCUCAAACAGCCGAAAGUGUUUGUUCAGGUGCGGAAUCGAGUUCUGGGUUCAGUUCUGACCACUGAGAGCAAAGACUGCUCCUUUCCAGCGAAAGUCUUCCUGAGUCCGGCUGAUCGCUCUCUGGACACACAGCGCUGGAUCUUCACCGACGGCCUUCUGAAGAACACGGCGCGGCGCGGCUGUCUGUCUGUGAUCGGUGCCAAGGCCUGUGCUGGGGCCAGAGUGGCAUUAUGGGAGGAACAUGGGCGCGUGAACCAGCGGUGGAGUCUCAACGAGGAUGGAAGCAUCUGCUCGCAUUUAAACCGCAGCCUGGUGCUGGACCUCAAAGGUGGACGUGAAUCUGACCGAGACCAGCUGAUUCUGAGUCUGCUUUGUGCCGACAACGCUGCGCAAACCUGGGACAUCGACGUGCUGUGAUACGGACACAAUCACACUUCGAGAACAUGGACAGAUGAUAUCAGGGACUGAAGCCUGGACAGUUUGGCCUAAUUGAGAUCAAAGCCAAUAAUUAUGAUUUUUUUUAGCUACUCGCCCUCAAGCCAAUAAUUGAUUCUGGGCCAUUUUCCUGAAAAAGUGUGUAGUCCAGUUUUAAAGUGCACUGUGAAGGUGGAAGAACCAGAGAGAAGCGGCUCUGUAUGGUUGUUUUUAUCUUGCGAAGCACAUUUGCACUACCAGAAACCUCACGUGCGCUUCAGGUGAAGUCCUGCUGGAUUCUCCCUUUAAUCCGCCUGGAUGAAUAGUUGCAAAGACUUGUUCUGUCGGCUCAAGCUGUAGCGUCACGGAGGUGAAAGUGUUCAGAUGGUCUACAGUAAACACAGUCAUUUCACUGGAGUCCUUCAGGAACAGCAACGUGUGUAAAGAGUCAGAGGAACGCUGAACCGUAUAAUGUGUACAGUGAUGUUCAUAAUCGGCAUUUUUAAAAGUGGAACGAAUCUGAGAAAACAAUAAAUGUAAGAUGUAAAAUUCA